AUGUCGGAUUUAUUCGACAAGGAUGAAACCAUCUCCUACGUCUACCCCGUCACUCCUCCGUCUGAAUCUGAGGAAUUCCCCAUUUCCAAAAAGAAAGCUUCCUUCCUUCCACUUCCAUCCGAGUCUGAGACUGAGGCAUGGCCUCUGGAUGUCCGUCCUUUUGUUGCCGUCAUCGGUGUAGGCUAUGUCGGCACGCACCUUGUCGAGAACUUCUCUCGCGAGUAUGACACGCUCGGCUUCGACAUCUCUCCAAAGCGUGUUGCAGAACUUCAGCGGUCGUUCGCGUCCAACGGUCGUGUCAGGCUCACGAGCAGCACACAGGGCCUGAGAGAGGCCACACACUUCCUCAUUUCUGUGCCCACACUUCUGCGCCCCGAUCGCACCAUCGAUGCUUCCUACCUAUGCAGUGCUUUGCAGAUCGUAGCAGCCAAUGCCAAGAGAGGCUCCACUGUUGUCAUUGAGAGUUCUGUCGCCAUCGGUAUGACCCGCAACCUGCUCGGACCCAUCGCAAAGGCACAUGGCUUCUUUGCUGGCAUGUCUCCAGAGCGUGUUGAUCCUGGUCGCACUGAGCCCCCAGCAUUCGCCAUCCCCAAGAUCAUCUCUGGUCUUGAUGAUGUAGUGCCCGGCUCUCUUGCCAGCAUUGCUCGCCUGUACUCUGCUGCAUUUGACCGCAUCGUCCCUGUCUCCAAGCCCGAGGUCGCAGAGAUGACUAAGCUAUACGAGAACUGCCAACGCAUGAUGUGCAUCGCAUACACCAACGAGAUGGCUGAUGCUUGUGGCCCUCACGGCAUCGAUCCUUUCGAGGUCGUCGAGGCUGCGGCAUCCAAGCCCUUUGGUUAUAUGCCAUACACUCCUGGCCCCGGUGUUGGCGGCCACUGCAUCCCAGUCAACCCGUACUACCUCCUGUCCAACAGCGAGUUCCCUCUGCUCAAGGCUGCGACUGAGUCUAUGUGGCGCCGCCCAGCCGCUCUUGCCCAGAAGGCCAUCAGCGUUCUGGAGGCUCGCCAGAGCAAGUCUCUCAACAUGCGCGAGAAGCCUCGUAUCCUUGUUGUCGGUGUCGGCUUCAAGCCCGGCCAGUCCACCCUCAGCAACUCGCCUGGCCUUGACAUUGUCAAGGCACUGUCACUAUCCCAAAAGGUGGACGUCUCGUUUGCCGACAGCCUCGUCACACAAGACAUGGUCCCCAAUGUGCCCCGCCUGGCUGACGACGACUGGAGGAUUGGCAGCCUUGCCACUUUCGACAUGAUUAUUGUCGCCAUGCGCCAAGUCGGUUUCGACUAUAGCAUUCUAGACCGCAUCCCGGACAAUGUCGAGUGGCUGUGCCAGCGCCAGUAG